GAGCAUCCCUCAGCACUGCCCACCACUCACCCACGGUCCCUCUUCCCCAUAGACAGACUCUCAGGACAGUCUGAUUCACGUCUCUAAUGUCUGAAUCGGUCAGAGCCAACUCCCGGGCCAGUGGCCUGUGUUGGAGGUGCUGCUUUUAACAGGAGUGGGAGGGAAAAAGUGAUGGUUGACGUUUCUGGGGCCACCGGGAAAACGGGAUUCAUACAGAUUGCUCACUCCCUCCCUUUGCGUUUCCGUUCUUGUUCUUAACCAUUUACCAUCUCCGUAUUAGUCCCAUGCUAUGUAUUCACACUGAGGGAGCAGGAAAUUUCCUUUAGAGUCAGAGCCUUUGCCCCUCUCGGCCAGUGAGACACAGCUGAUCCUCUAGGCACUCAAAGUACUCACCUAGUAGUUUAACCCAGAGCCCCCACACUCCUGGUGCUAAGCCAGUAAUUCUGUUAUCAGUGAUAUGACAUGAUGUCAUUUUUCUCAGCUCUUCAGACAAUCAUCUUUGUCUUUAGUCGUCUUCUUUUGGCUUUGCAGUCUGCAGAACUACUGAAUUCCAAGCUGCCCCGGUGGCAGGAGACCUGUGUUGAUGCCAUCAAAGUGCCAGAGAAAAUCAUGAAUAUGAUCGAAGAAAUAAAGACCCCAGCCUCGACUCCCGUGUCCGGAACGCCUCAGCCUUCACCCAUGAUCGAGAGAAGCAAUGUGGUGAGGAAAGAUUACGACACGCUUUCUAAAUGCUCACCAAAGAUGCCCCCUGCUCCUUCAGGCAGGGCAUAUACCAGUCCCUUGAUCGAUAUGUUUAAUAACCCAGCCACGGCUGCACCGAAUUCACAAAAGAUAAAUAAUUCAACAGAUACUUCCGAAGAUCCCAGUUUACAGCGAUCAGUUUCGGUUGCAACGGGACUGAACAUGAUGAAGAAGCAGAAAGUGAAGACCAUCUUCCCGCACACCGCGGGUGCCAACAAGACCUUACUCAGCUUCGCACAGGGAGACGUCAUCACGCUGCUCAUCCCCGAGGAGAAGGAUGGCUGGCUUUAUGGAGAACACGACGUGUCCAAGGCGAGGGGUUGGUUCCCGUCGUCAUACACGAAGUUGCUGGAAGAAAAUGAGACCGAAGCAGUGACUGUGCCCACACCAAGCCCCGCGCCGGUGAGAAGCAUCAGCACCGUGAACUUGUCUGAGAACAGCAGUGUUGUCAUCCCCCCACCUGACUACUUGGAAUGCUUGUCCAUGGGGGCAGCUGCAGACAGGAGAGCAGACGCGGCCAGAAUGACAUCCACCUUUAAGGCCCCAGCGUCCAAGCCCGAGACCACAGCUCCUAACGAUGCCAACGGGACUGCGAAGCCGCCUUUUCUCAGCGGAGAAAACCCCUUUGCCACUGUGAAACUCCGCCCAACCGUGACGAACGAUCGCUCGGCACCCAUCAUUCGAUGAGAAGACGGCCGAGGACUCUCCCGGGCCUCUCCGGUUCUCCCUCGCGGAAUGAUGGGCACGUCCU